GAAACUAAAGUGUAGUUGAGCUGUUGUUUUUGUGUCUCUGUAUUUUUAAGCAGUAAAAUGGCAGAAGCCAGAAUUUCAGUGGAUCAGAAGGAGUUCAUGUGUGCAGAGUGUUUGAAUCUCCUGAAGGAUCCAGUGACCAUUCCCUGUGGACACAGUUACUGUAAGAGCUGUAUUACAGACUGCUGGGAUCAGGAGGAUCAGAAGAGAGUCUACAGCUGCCCUCAGUGCAGACAGACCUUCAGUCCAAGACCUGCUUUAGCUAGAAACACCAUGCUGGCUGAACUGGUGGAGAAACUGAAGAAGACCAGACUCUCUGCUGACUGUGACGCUGGAGCUGGAGAUUGGCAGUGUGAUGUCUGUACUGGAAGAAAAUACAGAGCCGUCAAGUCCUGUCUGCUGUGCCUGGAAUCUUACUGUCAAACUCAUUUUGAGCAUCAUGAGGAGUUUCAUUCACGUAAACCACACAAAGUGACUGAAGCCACUGGACGACUGCAGGAGAUGAUCUGCCAGAAACAUGAGAAGCUCCUUGACGUUUUCUGUUGCACUGAUCAGAAAUGUAUAUGUGUGCUGUGUACGGUUAUUGAACAUAAAAACCACGACAUUGUAUCAGCUGCAGAUCAGAGGACAGAGAAACAGAAGCAGCUGAAGGAGACGCAGAAGACGCUCCAGCAGAGAAUCCAGCAGAGAGAGAGAAAGAUCUUCAGCAGCUGA